AUGGCGGAAGCGAAUGCGGAACAGCCACCGGCUGAGGGAGAGCCACAGGAGACUCAGUCGGCGAAGCCAGAAAAGAAGCCAAUUCAAACUAGAAAAGAAUCUGAGCUCGAAAAACAGAAGAAAUUAGAAGAAGAAAAAAAGCAAAGACUUGCUCAACUCAAAAAACAAAAAAUCGAGGAGGAUAGGAAAAUGGCAAAGAUGAGAAACGAAAUCAGACAAAAACAAAUCGAAAAAGCGAAGAAAGAAUUUGCAAAUAAUCCUUUGGCCGAAGAUCAAGUCGCCAUUUACGAUCGAGCGAUCAAGCGUGUCGAAAAACGUAAUAUGAGGCGUGAAUCACCUAAGAAGACAGCUAAAAGUGCUCACCAUACACAGUCAAAACCUGUUGAAGAAAAACCAGAGCAGCAAGAAGAGAACAAGGAGCAAGAACAGCAGGAGCAACCUAACGAACAACCACCGGAGCAGCCAAAGGAGCAACCCAAAGAGCAGCAACCUCAACAACAGCCAAAUAAGACUACUGCUUAA